CCCAUCAGUAGCCGGGAUAGGCUCCGGCACCCCCGCGACCCCGAAAGGGAGGAAGCGGUCAAGAAGAUGGAUGGAUCUUCAUCGCCUAUUAGUACUAUUUUAAAACUUAUUAGUAACCAGUGACACCACCUGGUGUUUGUCUUGCUAUGUAAAUUACUUAAUGUAUUUUACAUGUAGAUGUAUAGCAACAUCUAAAAGGAAUUGGUAUUUAAAUAAAACGUUGAAAUAAAUAAAUAAAUAAAUAAAUAAAACAAAAACAAACAAAAAACUGCUAAAUUUUGGGUUGUGGGCUGAUCCUGAAAAUUCCGUCAGCACGUGAACGCAGCAGUGGGAGAGCGUGAGCUGAGCGCAGGGAGAGAGAGGGAUUGGGAUCCAGAGAGGGAAGGAAGGAGGGAGAGAGAUAGAGGGAAGCUAAACAGGUGGUCUGGAAACACGCAAAACAACAAUGUCGCCCUGCGGGGAGAUGCGGGAGCAGCCUUAGCCCUCGCGCGCGUGAAGGAAUAUCACGGAAAGUUUGGAGCGGACGAACACAAAGCCUCCCAUGCUCCUUUCUGCUCCCCCCACGGAGUCCUCCUCGUCCCGCUUCUCCUCCUCGUCUCCCUCCGGCGCCGGGAAGCCCUCGGAUUCUACAGCAUGAAAGUGACGGUGUGUUUCGGCAGGACGCGCGUGGUGGUUCCGUGCGGGGACGGGAACAUCAAAGUGCGCACGCUCAUCCAGCAAGCUGUCAUGAGAUAUAAGAAAGCCAUCGCUAAGGAUGCUAAUUACUGGCUCCAAGUCCAUCGAUUAGAGCACGGCGAUGGCGGCAUCCUGGACUUGGACGACGUUCUCUGCGACGUGGCCGAUGACAAAGACAGGCUUAUAGCUUUCUAUGAUGAGCAGGAGCCUCAUCAUGGAGGUGACGGCACCAGCGCUAGCUCCACCGGGACCCAGAGCCCGGACUUGUUUGCUGCAGACCUCAGCGCCGGCAGUGGCGCCUCGGCCUUCCAGCCCUACCAGGCAACGAGUGAAAUUGAAGUCACACCGUCAGCUCUGCGCACCAACAUGCCCCUCCAUGUCAGGCGCAGCAGCGACCCCGCCCUGCUGACGGUCAACGGGCCGUUUAGCGCCGUUGAGUCACGGGUCCAAACGGAAGAGACGCCAUCCAGGAAAACCCCUACUCGCUGGUCCACCACCGCUGGCUUCUUGAAAGCACGCCACUGCUCUGGCACAAACAGCCUGGAGAGGAAGGGUAAAGGUCUGGAUACGUACCGCAGCUUACCACGGGAUGCAGGAACCUGGGCCAAUCAGAGGGAGUUUCAGCGAGAAACGGCCCGCUCUUCCCUCAGCGCCAAUCACCCCAUGGUUGACCGCUGGUUGGAGAGGCAGGAACAAGAAGAGACGAGAGAGGAGGAAAAUGGAAGGAUCGAGCCGGUGGGCCGGGCGGACUCCUGCAUGGAACACACCCCCAUCAGGUCUUUGGAAGACAUUGUCAAAGUGGUGGAGGUUUCUAACGACGGCGGGCCCCUGGGAAUCCAUGUGGUGCCGUUCAGCGGCAGGGACCGCAGGACUCUUGGCUUGUUGGUCAAGCGUCUGGAGAAGGGAGGGAAGGCCGAGCAGCAGGGCCUGUUCCAAGAGAACGACUGCAUCGUCCGUAUCAAUAAUGGAGACCUGCGAAACAUCCGAUUCGAACAAGCCCAGAAUAUGUUCCGUCAAGCCAUGCGCUCCCCCGUCAUCAUGUUCCACGUGGUGCCGUCCUCCAUGAAGGUCCACUACGAGCAGAUCUCCCACGCCGAGAGGAACCCUUCCUUCUCCUCUGGCCGCUACAGCCCCAACUUCGCGGCGGGGGGCGCAGGCCCCAACGCCGACCAGCACAGGAUGUCCCGCCACGGCUCCCAGUCUCACCCCCACCCUCACCUCCACCCAGACCCCACCGACAGCUACCCGCCCCCGACGCACCCCGCUGUCAGUGCGGCCAAGCCUCCCACGGGGCAGACGCACUCGCCGCAGAAGGGGCUGAACUCCACCCUGACGUCAGGAUACACAAAGAAAGUGGGGAGAAGACUCAACAUCCAGCUGAAGAAAGGCCCCGAGGGACUGGGCUUCAGCAUCACGUCAAGAGAUGUUCCCAUCGGGGGCUCGGCGCCCAUCUACGUGAAGAACAUUCUGCCUCGGGGAGCCGCCAUCCAAGAUGGCCGCUUAAAGGCAGGAGACAGACUGCUGGAGGUGAACGGAGUGGAUCUGAACGGGCGGACUCAGGAAGAGGUGGUGGCUCUGCUCAGGGCCACACCCAUGGGCGGGGCUGUGGGACUGCUGGUUCUACGCCAGGAGGAUGCCUUCCUGCCCCGAGAAGUGAGUGCUGAGCCCCAGAUGCAAUGCUCCAAUGAUUUGAAGACAGAGGAGGAUGAGUUGGUCUUGACUCCUGACGGUACUAGAGAGUUUCUGACCUUCGAGAUCCCGCUCAGCGACUCGGGUUCUGCAGGGCUGGGCGUGAGCGUCAAAGGAAAUCGCUCCAAAGAAAACCAUGCAGAUUUGGGCAUUUUUGUCAAAUCUAUCAUUAACGGAGGAGCGGCCUGCAAGGAUGGGCGGCUGAGAGUAAAUGACCAAUUGAUCGCCGUCAACGGGGAGUCUCUGUUGGGCAAAACCAACCAAGACGCCAUGGAGACGUUACGCAAGUCCAUGUCAACGGAGGGCAACAAGCGCGGGAUGAUCCAGCUCAUUGUGGCCCGGCGAGUGGCCAAGAGAAACGAGGAGCCUCCGGGGAGUCCCCCGCCAUCAGACCAGACUGUGAACACCUCCCUGGACGACCACGAGCGCCGAAUUUCCCACUCUCUGUAUGGUGGCCUUGAAGGCCUCGAUGAAAACCUGAUGCCUCGACCAGGAAUGAUCCCACGCACCAUAGGAAACUACCAGCUCUCGCCGACCGUCAACAUGCCGCAGGACGACACGGUGAUCAUAGAGGACGACCGGCCGCCGCUCCUCCCGCCCCACCUGUCCGACCACUCCUCGUCCAGCUCUCACGACGACGUGGGCUUCGCCGCUGACGGGAUCCCGGCGUGGGCCAAAGAGCUGCCUGCUCAGAACGACGGCCCCUUGAGUCCAGAUGAAAACCACCCCGAUGGGGCUUUUCAGAGGGAAGGUUUCGGGCGCCAAAGCAUGUCCGAGAAACGCACCAAGCAGUUCGGAGACGCCGCCCAGCUUGAGAUCAUCAAAACACGCAAGUCCAAAAGCAUGGAUCUAGUAGCCGACGAGAUUAACCUCACCCCUCGUCCCGAAACCGAAUCAGGUUCCUCCACAAAAGAUGUUGGACCGUCGCUGGGGUUGAAGAAGUCCAGCUCUCUCGAGAGCCUCCAGACCGCCGUAGCAGAGGUCACGCUCAACGGGGACCUCCCGUUCCACAGGCCCCGCCCCCGAAUCAUUAGGGGCCGUGGUUGCAAUGAAAGCUUCCGGGCUGCCAUCGACAAAUCCUACGACCGGCCCGCCGCCGUGGAGGAUGACGAUGAGGGCAUGGAGACGUUGGAGGAGGACACGGAGGAGAGUUCCAGGUCGGGGAGGGACUCCGUGUCCACGGUGGCAGACCAGACGCCGCUGUCCGGCACGGACAAGCCUCUGGUCAACGGCACCAACCGCACCAAAGAGGAGAAGAAAAAGGACAAGGGAGGGAAGGAGAAGAAGAAGCCGGAUGGAGGGAAGGAGAAAGAAAAGGGAAAACCAAAGAAGGGCAUGCUGAAGGGACUCGGGGACAUGUUCAGGUUUGGAAAAUAUCGCAAGGAUGAGCGACCGGGAGAGAAGGUGGAUCGGAAAGGCUCCAACAAAUGGAAACCCGAGGAGAUGCAGGCGUCAGACGAAGAGACGAUGAAGAUGAGGCUGGAGCAGGAAAGGAUCCAGGCCAAGACCAGGGAGCUGAGGGAGCGUCAAGCCCGGGAGCGAGACUACGCCGAGAUCCUGGACACCAGCCGCUCCCCGGAGAGACCCUCAGACGACCACUACUCUGCCGCCGCCAGCCCGCUGCACUGCUCUGUGGACAGCCGGCCCCACAGCCCCCGCGACGACCACCCCCACUUCCAUCACCAGCACCAGCACUCUGACGCCAGCCUCUACAGCCAGCUUGGAAAGUCUCGCAGCGAGCGCCCUCCGUCUACAGACAGUAACCGGCUAACUCCUAGCAACCACGACCGGAUACAGAGGCUGCGGCAGGAGUUCCAGCAGGCCCAGAACGUCCCGGACGACCCGGACGACCGCAGAAGAACCUACAGCUUCGAGCAGUCCUGGUCAAACGUCAACAGCAACGGGCCGAGCGGGUACAGCCAACCGGGUCGGCACUCGGUGUCGGUGGAGGUGCAGAUGCAGCGGCAGAGGCAGGAGGAGAGGGACUCCUUUGCUCAGCAGCAGCGGCAGUACAGCUCCCUGCCCCGGCAACCCAGGAAGAAUCCCAGCACCAUCUCCCAGGACUCCUGGGAUAAGGCGUACCCACCGGGCGAAGGAUUCCAGACGGCUAAGGACAAUCCUCGCUACUCCAGCUAUCAGGGCUCCAGGAACGGAUACCCAGGAGGCGGCGGCGUCAACGCCCGAGUCCUCCUGGAGGCCCAGGAGCUGCUGAGGCAGGAGCAGAGACGCAGGGAGCAGGAAGCCAAAGGAAAGCUGAUGCAGGAGAGCGGCGGGAAAAGCAGCUACGACGGCUACGCGGUCCACCUGAAGGACCCGGCCUCCCCGAAGGGGCCGUACCGCCACGACGUGCCGCCCUCGCCCUCGCAGCUCGCGAGGCUCAACAGACUGGGGUCGGAGAAAGGGAGACUCUUUUAUUCUUGAGGAUCUGGAUUGAAGGAUGAACGGCUGUGCUCAGCAGAAAUGUCAAAAACUACCUAAAGGUCUUAUAGCUUAGCGGCGGUCUUGGAGGUAAACAGUUGUGAAGUCUGCACAGCAUGUGGGUGUUUGUGUUGGAUCCCCCGCCGUGCCUCUGACCUAUACCAGCUGUCAGUCACUCACUCAGCCACCUACACCCAUUAGCUGCUCAGUGCCUUCUCUGCGCUCCAGAACACGACGCUUGUUCAGAACCGCUCUGAUUCAUCCCGAUCCGGCGCCGCCGUGUUCUGACAAUCAAGCAGGCGAACGAGUGGGCGCUCUUUGGAGUCCUCAGGAAGGCGUAAGUUUCUGUGCGUGGGCAGGUGACAGGUACACGUUUAAGUCGGCGUGUCCCACGGCGGCUCUGUCAGAAAAUCCGCUGCUCCUGAUUUCUCGGCUUCUCUGUUGUCGUCUCACGGGGGGAGCAGAGAAAACAAGGUGAGGUGUGGGAAAGAAAGCAGGGCACGGCGUGUGUGAGCGUUAUUAAUAAAAGGCCCCUUCAUACAUGAUUCAUACUGUGUGCUUCCUCCUCCUCGGUGGAGGAGACUCGUAGACAGCUCUGAUCCUCCGCCUGGCCCCCCGUCCCUGCUCCGAAUGGGACUGCUGGGCCUGAGCUGCCGUCCUCUCCCACCUUCAUUCUCCUCUCGUUUGCUCACAAUCCGCCCUCAUCUCAUCUCACCCUCCCUCCCCCUCGCCUCUCCAGUCGGUCCCAUCGCUGAAUUUUUCAUCAGGAGCCACCUGCUGCCUGUCAGAGCCAGAGGACGCUGCCACCGGCGGCUCCGAGCUGGACCCAACCUGUGACCGAGAGGGCAGCAAAUCAGGAGGAAAGGAGAUGAAACAGAGCCCUUUCUCCUGUUUGUGACAUAAAGCUCGUUGUUUUUCUGUAUUUGGUUUCAGUGAGCAUUUAGACGACGCUCCUGGAGGCAGCCAGGGAGGCCAUCAUGACAACAAGGCGCUUUGCUGAAGCUACGUUCACAACGCCUUCUGUGACUGGCGUCCAUUCGGACACUUCCAAUAGGAAGUUGAAGUAAGCAUGCAUAAACAUGCAUGCUGCUAUGCAAGUUUGUUUUUGGGCUCUACAGACAAAACGCCAUUGAACGCACACGGAAAAAUAAACCAGUUGAACUUUGACCAAUCAGGAGCUCUGAUUUGCUAAUAUAGGAGUCUGCGACCUGCGGCUCCAGAUCCACAUGAGUCUCUUUUAUCUCUCCAUGGUGGCUCCUUGGACAAAUAAAAUAAGUCAUGGAGACUGUUGAUCCAGACAUGUCGACCGUCAG